GAUUCAGGCAUCAGAGUCAUCAUCGCACGCUCAUCCAUCGGCGACCUUGCCCUAUACCACUUCAAUUGCUUCAACAUCGCCAUUCUCAAAGUCCUCUCCAAAUCCGACCUCUGCCAUGUAGCUCAUGUUGUCAAUGCCACACCUCUCGCCUGCAUUGGCACACCCACCCCGGAGGAAGCUGGGUAUGUCAACAUCUUUGAGAUGACGGAGAUUGGUGAAGACCGUGUCACCAUCCUUCAUCAGCUCACUCCCGGCGAGGACAGGUAUCAGAGCCACACAGAGAAGACGUGUACAGCGACAAUCGUGCUUAAAGGAGCAACAGCCAACCGUCUCGACGACAUCGAGCGUGCCAUUGAGGCUGCUACUAGUAUGAUACAA